GAGUAGCGGCGCUCACUCAGUGCUUUCAGCCGGAGCGCAGCGCUCAUCCCGCGGACGGACCGUCCUCGAUCCUCGGCUAAUUCACCCCAUAAUUACCAGCGAAAAGGCCGCUCUGCGCCCGCUAAACUAACGGGUUAACGUCCCCCUCGGAGCUAGACAGCGGAAUUAGAGAAAAGCGCUUUAUUUCAGGCCAGCUCUCCGCUCGAUCAUGUUUGGGAUUAAUUUCUGAGGUACUCCGAUCCGAAGAUCACAUUUUUUUCCCCCAGCGCGUGGAGCCUCAGAUCUGCCCUGGGACGAAGCGAAAGGACUCGGCGGUCUUUCCUGUCGUCCAGAGCGCUGUCGAAACGAGAGAAGGGAGCAUGCGUGAGUAACAGGUUUCUGUGGCGGGACCUCAAGCUCCUCCCCUCGUCUGGAGCCCCUGCACUGUAGGAUACGAGACCGCCUUCAUUCACACACACUGACCUCAGCUUGACAGUUUUUGCAUCACAGCUCCCUCCGUCUCCGUCACCUUGCUUCUCGCUCUUUGGUGAGAAGAUGAGGAAGUUUGCGUACUGUAAGGUGGUGCUGGCCACCUCUCUGGUGUGGGUGAUGCUAGACAUGUUCAUCCUCCUCUACUUCAGCGAAUGCAACAAAUGCGAUGACAAAAAAGAGAGAGGAUUGCCGGGGAGAGACACUGUUGUUCAAAGGCCUCACGACGGCCCGGGGGAGAUGGGAAAGCCAGUGGUCAUCGCUAAAGACCAACAGGAGAGGAUGAAGGAAAUGUUUAAGAUAAACCAGUUUAACCUGAUGGCCAGUGAGAUGAUUGCACUCAACAGAUCUUUACCGGAUGUUCGUCUUGAGGGGUGUAAAACGAAGGUGUAUCCAGACGAUCUCCCACGCACCAGUGUGGUGAUUGUGUUUCAUAAUGAAGCGUGGACCACUCUGCUCCGAACGGUCCACAGCGUGAUGGACAGGUCACCGAGACACCUGCUGGAGGAAAUCGUGCUGGUGGAUGACGCCAGUGAGAGAGACUUCUUGAAGAGGCAGUUGGAGCAGUAUGUGCGGAAGCUGGAGGUUCCUGUCAGGGUGGUACGGAUGGAGCAGCGCUCGGGCCUGAUUCGCGCUCGGUUGAAGGGGGCGUCCAUCUCCACAGGUCAGGUGAUUACCUUCCUGGAUGCCCACUGUGAAUGCACCACCGGCUGGCUGGAGCCUCUGCUCGCUCGCAUCAAAAUCGACAAGAAAACCGUGGUGUGUCCCAUCAUUGACGUGAUCAGCGAUGACACGUUUGAGUACAUGGCAGGCUCUGAUAUGACAUAUGGUGGCUUCAACUGGAAGCUGAACUUCCGCUGGUAUCCGGUACCACAGAGAGAGAUGGAUCGCAGAAAAGGAGACAGAACGCUGCCUGUCAGGACCCCCACUAUGGCAGGUGGUCUCUUCUCUAUAGACAGAGAUUAUUUUCAGGAGAUUGGCACGUACGAUGCAGGCAUGGACAUUUGGGGAGGAGAGAACCUGGAGAUCUCGUUUAGGAUUUGGCAAUGUGGGGGGACGCUUGAGAUCGUCACGUGCUCUCACGUCGGUCACGUGUUCCGUAAAGCCACGCCGUACACGUUCCCCGGUGGAACUGGGCAGAUCAUCAAUAAAAACAACAGACGGCUGGCGGAGGUCUGGAUGGAUGAGUUCAAGAACUUCUUCUACAUCAUCUCACCUGGUGUGACGAAAGUGGAUUAUGGAGACAUCUCAUCCAGAACAUCCCUGAGACAGAGACUGCAGUGUAAGCCGUUCUCCUGGUACCUAGAAAAUGUCUACCCGGACUCCCAGAUACCACGCCACUACUACUCGCUCGGAGAGAUCCGUAAUGUGGAGACUAACCAGUGUCUGGAUAACAUGGCCAGGAAAGAGAAUGAAAAAGUGGGCAUUUUCAACUGUCAUGGCAUGGGCGGCAACCAGGUUUUCUCGUACACAGCCAAUAAAGAGAUCCGGACUGAUGACCUCUGUUUGGAUGUGUCCAAACUCAAUGGUCCCGUUAUGAUGCUCAAGUGCCAUCACUUGAAAGGCAACCAGCUUUGGGAAUAUGACCCUGUGAAGCUGAGCCUGGUACAUGUGAACAGUAAUCAGUGUUUGGAUAAGGCGUCUGAAGACGACAGUCAGGUGCCCAGCGUCAGGGACUGCACCGGGGGCCGCUCGCAGCAGUGGCUGCUCCGCAACGUCACACUGCCCGAGAUAUUCUGAGCUCGCACGCGGACGGACAGAUGGACAGACUCUCACACCAUCACCGAUGGAGAGAGCGUGAGAGAAAGGACUGCUUUCCUCUCGAUCCUGGUGGUCUGCCUUCAAAUGAUCUCAAAAGAACAGAACCGCAUAUGUAUAUGAAUCUCCCCAUCACUCCACCUUGCAGAGGAAAAGAACGAACAAUGGAGAGAAAGACUUGUGGAGAAAGAAACUUGAGUUUGAUGCCGUUAUCCUCCUCUUUCGAGGGGCAGCGGGCAUUUUGGUUAUGUUUACGAGAACGCCUCCCUUUUAGAGUAUCAGUGCGCGCGCGAGUGUGUGUGUGUGUGUUUUUGUGUGUGUAUGCUUGAUGGGAAUGCGUGAGUCACAGUGUUUUCCACAGGAGUUCUGCCCUUUUUUAAUUUAAAUAUUUUCAAGCCUUGUAGAAAUGAAGGGUAUCUAGCACAUGAAGGAGAGGCUGACGUGUGUCUGAGUGCAUGUGUGUGCAUGUGAGAUUUCAAGUGUGUCACAUAUCAGGAUGGAUCUCCUUUCUGUGGACGGCUAUCCGUUUGAAGCAGGGUCUCCCCCUACUGGCCAGCGACACACACACUGACCUGUCUAUCAAUCUUCAUCUCAGCCAGUGGACUACCUACAAUCAAUCACCAUAUAGAUCUAUAAUCAGUGCAAAAAAAAAAAAAAAAAAAAAAAAAAAAAGGCGACUGUCCGACCAGGAUGUUUUUCAUAUCAUCAGUGUUCAUGUAACUUUUUUUUUUUUUACUACAUCGGAGGUUGAUGAGUUUUUUGGUUUCUGCAUUUUUUGUGCCACGUACAAGCACUUUUCACUUGUUUGGUGUUGUUUUUUUAUGUCAAGUCUGUCUCUUAAAGAUAUUGUAAUUUAACACGCAAUUUCGGGACAGUCCUGAACUUACCCUGAGUUGUUGCCUUCCUUUGGGUUCCAGCCAUUCAGCUGACAUGGUUCACCCAUAAGCACAUGGGUUAAUCGGGAAGAGAUGGAUCAUCUUCUGUCAUAUCAUCCGACUGGACAAGGGCUCAGUCUCUGCGUACAUGCAAGGGGAAAGAGCUCUUUCGUCUGAUAUCUUUCUUUGUUUACGUUCACUUUAAAUCAUUACUGACUUUCGUGUGGAAUUUCUUGCAUUCAUCAAUGCAUUUGGCAUCUGAAGAUUCAACUGAUGUUUUGAUAGCCUAAAGAGAUUGUCCUGCAUUUCAUUCAUCUGAUUUUAUUUUCAAAUGGUCUACAAUUUCAUUUGAGCUUUGAUGGUUGAAGAUGGUUGGAAAAAGAAAUUCAACCCCUCUGUUUUGAGAUUUGUCAUGUGGAAUGGGGAUAUUUUUCCCUUUAACUCUUGACCCUGUCUAAAUACUUCAAAUGAUCUGUACUCUUUAUUUUUUUUUCAUGGUCAUUAGUCCAGAAAAUAUGUCAUUGUGUACCAAAAAAUAUAACAUUCUAAAUUGUUUCGAUUUUAUAUUCUAAAACAAAAGAUUAUAAAAAAGAUAAGAAAAGGUCAAAUAUUAGUUUCUAAAUUGUAAGAUUUUAAAUGCACAUUAGAGAUGAGAUUAAAACAAUUCAACACUCUAAACAUAGAUUCAAAAUUUAAAAAAAAAAAUCUAGAUUCUGAAAAAAUAGUCUACAUAAAAAAAGAUUUUCUUAGUUUUUUUUAAUUGUGCGAUUUUGAAUUGUAAGACUGUACGUACAGAUUCUAGACUCUGAAAAAGAUUGAAAUGGUCUGAUUCAAAGUGAUUCUAGAUUGUAAAUAAAAGGGCGGUUUCAUUGCAGAGGUUGGAUGAGGAUCUUGAAAGUAUUUGGACAGGGCCUCAAGAUCAUGUGUAGAGAUGUGUGAGUGUGAACAAGUGUGUGUGUGUGUGUGUGUGUGCGUUUAUAAUUGUCAAAGGGAUGUCUUUUGUUUUUGUGUUUUUUGUUGAAUUGAUGAGGGUCUGGCCUGCUGAUUGGUGGGUUAGAGAGCCCUGUGUUGAGAUGAUCCACAGGCUGGAGAAAUAAACCACAGAAAGUUUACAGUCCAA